AUGAGGUUUGUACUCUCACCGAUUGUGAUUCCACUCUUCCUUUUAUUAUUUGGGUAUAAUACACUCUACAAAGUUUCAGCUCAACGAAGAGCUUCUACUAAUUCCACAAAUCGUGGCAGAUCUAAAGUUACAGAAAUUGCCUCAGUGGAACUGGUUCUGUCAGUCAGAGAGUGGAAUGAAACAGCUAUCACAAGAAAUAGUGAAGAAUCACUGAAAAUUUUGGAUAAAUAUUGUCAGGAUGUGAGGGAUGUGGUGAGGCGUAUGGAAAGGAAACUGCGUUCAGUCGCCUUAUCAUGUGAUAUUCCAUUACAACUGAAUCAAAAUACUACAGGACUCCAAAUCACAAUACAGCUUACGAUGUCGUCCAAGAAAUUGGAAGAAGCGUUCUCGUCAAAAAACUGGAUCAACCAAUUUAAAGAAUCAGUCAAACCUGGAGCAGUCCGAGUUAAUAAUAAGUGGCCAAAGGCUAUUGUGUCAGUAACGAGUAAGGCAUGGAAAAACGCAGAAUACACACUGUCCUAUCCUGUGACAUUUCGAAAUCUCCCCAGGGGUUGGUGCAAAAAGUUGGAGGAACAGGUGUCAUAUUUAUAUCCUGGGUUGACAGAAGCAAUUAAGAGGUGUUCAUUUAUUAAGGCGACAAAAUCAAUCCAGUUGAAGUUAUCAAAUCAGAAGCUUUUACAAAGGGGUUACCUUAGUUCACGCAAUGUUCUAUUUUGGCGUUUCCUAUUCUGUGUUACUAAAGUACAGUUGGCUGGCGCAGAAUCAGAGAUUCUCGUAGCUGAAAUGAAACUUUCAGUCAAACCAUUGGUAAUUGCUGACUACAACAAAUCACACCGUCGAUUCUUAGAAAUCUUGGACAACCUCUGCAAAGAUGUAAAAGAAGUAGUGAAGAGAAUAGAGCCAAGAUUGAACUCAAUUUCACUGUCAUGUGAUAUCCCCCAGUUGGAUCCAAAUCAACUAAAUACUCCUAGUAACAUUAUAGUACUACUGGCAAUGCCAAAUAGUGAAGUGCAGCAGGCAUUCCAGUCAGAAGAUUGGUUUGAAAGUUUAAAAUCAUCCCUUGAAUCUGCAAGUAUAUUAGAAAGUGAUAAAUGGAUAACUGAUAUCAUUUCAUUUGAAAAGCCGCAAAACUUCGAAAAAGGUGUACUUGACAUCCAUCUGCGAGAAUCUAAGAAUUUAAAGCUCACAGAACUAUGCAACAAACAUAAUAAAACACUAUCAACAAUGUAUACAGGAAUUGAUAAAGCAAUAAUUGCUUGCUUUGCGGGCAUAGAUAGAAAUGCAGUAAUAAUGCGACUGUCAUUAGUUGAACUAGUGAAGAUUGGCUAUUAUAGUCAAUAUAAUACACUGAAUCUGCGUAUCAAUGAUGCUUUGUCAGUGAAAAGUAAAAAUUUAUUACCAAGCAUUAUUUUCACACGCUUAUAA